ACCAUAAUUCCAUUCUUCAUCAGAACACGUACCAAAACUAAAAUCUUCCAAUUUGGAGCAAAGUAGCAUGUUGGAAGCGUGUGGUGGUGUAGGAAAGGCCGCCGCGUUUGUGGCGGUUGUCGUGGUUGUGGUAUAUGGAUGGAGGUUUUACAAUUGGGUUUGGUUGAAACCAAAGAAGAAGGAGAAGUGUCUAAGAAACCAGGGACUCAAGGGAACCUCAUACAGGUUCUUAUAUGGAGAUAUUAAGGAGAUGGUGAAGAUGAUAACCGAAGCAUACGUCAAACCCAUAAACUUGAACGAUGACAUCGUGCCACGAGUUAUGUCAUUCGCUCAUAAAUUUGUUACUACUCAUGGUAAAAAUUGCUUUACAUGGGCGGGACCGAUACCUAUAAUACACAUAACAGACCCCUCAAUGAUAAAGGAGAUUCUUGGAAAUUAUGAAGACUUUCAAAAGCAACGAGGAGGAAACCCGUUAACGAGGUUGUUAGCAAAAGGGCUAGUGGACGUCGAGGGUGAUCAAUGGGUGAAACAUCGAAAGAUCAUCAAUCCCGCCUUUCAUGUCGAAAAGCUUAAGCAUAUGGUUCCUGCUUUUUAUGUGAGUUGCGAUGAGAUGGUUAACAAAUGGGAAGAAACAUUAAAGGAAGAAAGCUCAUGUGAAAUGGAUGUGUGGCCUCAUCUCCAAGCAUUGGCUGCGGAUGUAAUUUCACGGACAGCAUUUGGUAGUAGCUAUGUGGAAGGAAGAAAGAUAUUUGAACUUCAACGAGAACAAGCCGAGCUAAUAAUAACUGCUUCUCGAUCUAUUUACAUUCCUGGAUCAAGAUUUCUACCAACGAAACGCAACCUGAGGAUAAAGGCGAUUGCCCACGAAGUAAAGGGUUUGGUGAAGGGCAUUAUUGAUAAACGAGUAGCACACAUGAAAAAAGGGGGAAAUAGUAAUGAUGACCUCCUCGGCAUACUUUUGGACUCCAACUAUAAAGAGAUCAAACAAUACGGGCAUACCAAAUUUGGACUUAGUAUCGAUGAUGUCGUUGAAGAAUGUAAGCUUUUCUACUUUGCAGGCCAAGAAACUACUGCAAAUCUACUUGUUUGGACUAUGAUUAUGUUAGGACAACACAUAAGCUGGCAAAAUCGCGCUAGGGAUGAAGUUUUAAAGAUUUUUGGAGAUAAAAAACCAGAUAUUGAUGGUUUAAAUCAACUAAAAGUUAUCAAUAUGAUCUUCCUCGAGAUUCUUAGGCUAUACCCUCCUGUGGUAGCAAUUCCAAGAAUGAUCCACAAAGAAACCAAAUUAGGAAAUAUAACGUUACCGGCGGGGACAUUCAUGUUGUUGCACACAAUGCUUUCACAUCAUGACCCUAAUAUAUGGGGUGAUGAUGUAAAGGAGUUCAAGCCGGAAAGAUUCUCACAAGGUGUGUCAAAGGUAACCAAGGGACAAACCGCAUUUAUCCCAUUCGGAGGGGGUCCACGUGUAUGCAUUGGACAAAAUUUUGCUAUGUUGGAAGCAAAAAUGACACUAGUUAUGAUUUUAAGACGCUUCUCAUUUGAGCUCUCACCGUCAUAUACACAUGCUCCGUAUACUAUCAUUACUCUUCAACCACAGUUUGGUGCACACCUGGUUUUGAAUAAACUUUAGUGGUAAAUAAACUUGUUGUAUUAAGAUGCAAGACUAUAUUACAAGUUAUUUGGGGCUAAACCAUGUAAUAAUGUUUCUGUAGAUUAUAUAGUUUUGUCAUAAAGUAUUUAUUGUGUUACUUA